AUGGCUGACAUCGACAUCAUGACCAACGAGUCCAUCCUGGACGAAGCUCUUCUCACAACAGAAUCUCCCAUCAUCGACUCGACAGACUUGAUCGUUCUUCUAUCCCUACUUCUAGGAGCAGUCGUGUAUCUGUCCAAUGGCAAACUACGAAAGAUCUUCUUCCCUAAAUCUACUACAGCAGAAGAAACAACAGCUUCGAAAGAAGACAGUCUUCGAAGCAUCUCUCACAUCUGCAACACCACCGGCAAAAACUGCAUCAUCUUUUACGGUUCCCAAACCGGAACCGCAGAGAACUACGCUCAAAAACUAGCGAGAGAAGCUAGUUCGCGCUAUGGUCUCGAUCCCAUGGUCGCUGAUCUUGAGGAGUAUGACUACAAUGACCUCUCUGAACUCUCCGAGCAAGUUGUUUUGAUGUUCGUCCUCGCUACAUACGGCGAGGGCGAGCCCACGGAUAACGCUCAGGACUUUUAUACCUACAUCACCGGUGGCGAGGACGGGGAUCAGCCGGAUGUUGAUCUUCAGAACGUCAAGUAUGUCGCUUUUGGUCUGGGGAACAGCACUUACGAGCAUUACAACGCUAUGGUGAGACGUGUGUCUAAAGCGCUGGAUGGUCUUGGUGCGAAGAAUCUUGCUAGUGUUGGGGAGGCCGAUGAUGCAGCUGGGACUACUGAAGAGGACUUUCUGGCGUGGAAGCAGGAUAUGUGGCCGAAGCUUGUUCAAGAGUUUGGGCUUCAGGAGAAGGAUGUUGCUUAUGAAUCGACGUUUGGUGUUUUGGAAAGGGAUGAUCUGGAUGCGAGCUCACCUGGUGUUUUUCUCGGUGAGGCAAACGCAGAUCAUCUUGAUACCUGCUCAGCAAACCGUCAAUUCAGCAACACGAAUCCUUACAUCGCUAGCAUCACCGAGUCCAGAGAGGUAUUCGCUUCCAAGGAUCGGAAUUGCAUUCACAUGGAAAUCGAUCUCGGUGACUCUGGUCUAUCUUAUGAGACUGGCGAUCACGUCGCUAUCUGGCCGACCAACUCUGAAGAACAAGUCACCCAACUUCUCAACAUUCUUGGUUUGAGUGAGAAGAAAGACACGGUUAUUUCUAUCGUCAGUCGGGAGGCAACAGCAAAGUCACCUGUUCCUACACCGACGACAUAUGCUGCUGCGCUGCGAUAUUACCUUGAGAUCGCUGGACCUGUGUCUCGAGAGUUCAUCAACGUCAUCGCUGCUUUUGCACCUACUGAAGGUGCGAAGGCUGAAUCGACCAAGCUUGGUAGUGACAAGGUGUACUUCAACGAAAAGAUCAGUCAGAAAUGUUUCUCACUUGCUCAAGUUUUGAGUAUGCUGAGUGAUGGUCAACCAUGGAGUAAGCUGCCCUUCUCAGCUAUAGUCGAAGGACUCAGCAAACUACAGCCCAGAUACUACUCCAUCUCUUCGUCAUCUCUCGUCCAACCCUCCCUCGUUUCCAUCACCGCCGCUGUCGAGUCAGCCGAGAUUCAAGGCUGGCCUGACGUCUUCAAGGGCGUUGCUACAAACUACCUUCUCUCACUCAAAGAGGCUCAAAAUCAGGAAUCUCAAUCACAAAAGUAUCAACUAAAUGGCCCUCGAGAGAAGUACACCGGCUUCAAAGCACCUAUUCAUCUUCGCAAGUCCAACUUCAAACUCCCCAAGGAUUCAUCUCGACCUGUCAUCAUGAUCGGUCCGGGAACUGGCGUUGCUCCAUUCAGAGGUUUCGUGCAGGAGCGAGCUGCGUUGAAGAAACAGGGUAAGAGUGUUGGAAAGAGUUUGUUGUUCUUUGGAUGUAGGCGACGCGAUGAAGACUAUUUAUAUGAGUCGGAGUGGCAGGAACACAAGAAGACUCUCGGCGACCACUUCGAUAUCCAUGUUGCCCUUUCAAGAGAGACCAAGCAAAAGGUCUAUGUGCAGCACCUUAUCAAGACCCAUGCCAAGGAGGUGAUGAACAUGAUUGACGACGGAGCGGUUGUGUAUGUUUGUGGUGAUGCAAAGCACAUGGCGCGUGAUGUCAACUCAGCACUCGUCUCAGUCUGGGCCGAACAGCGGAAUAUCUCCAUUGAAAUUGCAACGGAAAAGGUGAAGAGUCUAAGGGAUACUGCAAGAUACCAGGAGGAUAUCUGGUAG